AUGUCCCUUUUGGUUUUGGCUGCUUUGACCACUUUGGUCUGUGCUUAUGGUGGUGGAGGUUAUGGUGGUGGUGGUGGUGGUAGUGGCGGCUAUGGUGGUGGUGGCGGCUACGGAUCCAUUCCAUUAGCUGUACGAUCUUAUCACAAUAUCCGUUCAUAUGAUGUUCCAUCAUCUGGUUACAGCAAACCAGUCUAUGUUGAUGUCAAUGCUAAUGCUGUUCCAGUUUAUAUGAAUUUCCGAUCCAAAUCAUCGUACUUGCAUGUGAAUCAACAACAUGAAGGUCAAAAAGGCAGCUAUCAAGAAUCAUAUUCACAAGAUGAACCACAUGUCUUGAAACACACAGUGAAAAAACCAGUUUAUCAAGAAGUCAAUGAAAUCAUUACACCACGUCGACGAAUUACCCAGGAAAUUCAACCAGUACAAGAAGAAAUUGAAACUUUGGUUGCACGAAAAUCAUAUGGUGGUGGUCAUGGUGGCGGAUAUGGUGGCGGUAUGGGCGGUGGUUAUGGUGGCGGUAUGGGCGGUGGCUAUGGUGGUGGUGGCUAUUAG